AUUUGGAGGCAUAUUACGAUGCCUGGCUUUCGAAAGGAAUGCGUGCCAAAGGUAUAUCUCUGCUGAUCCUUGGUGUCGUUGUAUUCAUGUUGGUGGGCAUAAUGCUAAUGUUUUUGGUUUUGAAGAAGAAACCAAUCUGGGUAAAGGGCAGCAAGCGGAUCAUCAAACCAAAUUCAAGCUCCGGCGAAAUUGUCGUCUUAUCACGUGGUAAUACAGCGAAAGAUUUUCUGCAUAAAGAAAAAAUGAUUUCUACAAAAAAUGAGCAUCGGUUCAAUUCAAACAUUCCGAGGCGCAACUCAAUGGACAGCCUGGCCAGCAGUAAUAGCUACAUAAGCCCAAACUUAUAUGAAGUCAUCCCGACAUAUAUAACAUUCGAUAAAAUACCACAAGGAGAUGCACCAAGCCAGCCAGGAUUUGAAAUAUUUAAUAACUGGCAUUCAUCUUUCGCUCAUAGAGGCAGCGUCAGGUACGCACAAAUUACGCCGCGAACGAAACGUAUUUCAAGUGAUCCAUUGCCAGCUGUUCCUGAUUCUUGAUAAUACCCAUUUAAGAAUCCACU